UUUACCCGGAAGUCGCGUGUAAUGUAAGAUGUCCUCAAUGAAACCCGAGAGUUCGUCGCAGCGGAUAAGGCUUACGGCAGGCAGCCCGGGGUCAAAAGGCGGUGGAGCGAGAAAGAUAGGAAAGAAGGAGAUGAAUUUCCGGAGCCUGGAGGAGUUCUGGGCGUAUUAUGUGAGCCAGCACUCGAAGGCGUCGACCCGGCGGUGGCACUUCUGCGGCACCCUCUCCGCCCUCCUCUGUCUCCUCUCCUCCCUCCUCCUCCUCAAGCCGUGGCUCCUCCUCCUCGCCCCCUUGUGCGGUUACGGCCUCGCCUGGUACAGCCACGUCUUCGUGGAGCGCAACGCCCCCGCCACCUUCUCCCACCCUCUCUGGUCCCUCCUCUGCGACCUCAAGAUGUUCGGCCUCAUGCUCGCCGGCCGGAUGGACCGCGAGAUCAAGCGCCUCGGCAAGAGGCCCGUCCUGCAGGCCUUCUGAUCGCCUUCUCUUCUUCUUGGUAUGGUUAUUUAGAGAGAGGGUCUUCUCAUGCACAAGCAGCUUGUGUUAAAUAUACGAGAAUAUCAAAUGCGACUCUCGCAGCUAAUGAAUGUAAUUCUUGGGGAGCAUAUAUUUAGAGGCUUUUAUUUUUAACGCGAGUGUUAAGAAAACCUAUGAUUGGGUGGGUUUGUCUUCCCUUGCUUAGAUAUUUGAAAGAAAAUGUUUGAAACCAUUUGAUAUAUCUUGUUUUCAUAUUUUAAUCAGCAAAGGGCUUAUGAUGAUCCUUUCAAAUGAAAUUUUCAGGUUAGUAGUUGUAGAUGUAGCUUCAGAUUUUAAGAAUGCCACUAUCAAAUCUUUGAUAACAUGAGAUGUGAAAGGUCCUGGCGGGUUAAAAGGCUCAUGUACAUGAAUGGAAAAUUUAAGAAACGUUAAUUACAGCAGCACUUCUGAAUAAAUCACACCAAAUUUAGAGCACUUCGUCAAUCACUUUUUUUUUUAUUAUUCUGUUAUGGCUAUUUUUUGCUAAAAAAUUCUUAUUAAUGAAACUUUAAAGUAUCAAGCUCCUAUGAAUCUCUUAUCUCUUGUCCAGAUGUCUUCAUCACCAGUCAUCAUCUAAAAACUUUAAGUAACACAGUAGGUGGUGUGUGGUCCGUGGUUACCUGUUUUAGUUUGUGCAUUAAACUGUUGAAAUGGAUUGCCCGCUUCAAGCAUAGACAGCUGAGUUUAUUAGCUAACGUUUGGUUCUCUCUUGUGGCCCCUGGUGUUGCUGCUUUCCGAUCUCCACUUAGACAGCAAAUAUAAGGGCAUGUAGACUUUUGUUUAUAAAUAUCAACUAUUUCUAUACUUCAACUUAACCCAGCCUUUGUCAUCAUAUACCUGGUCAUUGUGUUUUGCCUCCUAUUUUUCUUUUGUAAGGUGAACUAACCGAUGGACCCUAGCAUUUUAUUGUACUGCCCAUUUCUCUGAGCUGAUGUUAACAUUAUCGAGUUGUGAUGUGUCCGGAUCUGCAACCUGCUGAAGACCUAACGAUUUGACCUGCCUGGACCAAAAAGUAGGAACCGACAACUAUAAUGGUGGAAGAUAUUGCAUGGGUUUUUAACAGUGUGUCGUUUCUCUGUUUUGAUGGGGGCUUUGGUCUUCUGCUGUUGGCGUUGCAUGCUUAAAUACCGAGAAAACAAGUAUACCACUUGUUCCACUGUUUUUAAGAUGAAAGUCUACGUUGAAAAAUGUAUUUCUAGAUCUGUGUGAUUUAUUAUCUCCUCUCCAGUUGGUGAUCUCUCUCCUGUUAAGAAUGUGGAGGUCAUAAGGUCAGUAUAGAAGAUGCCCUGAGACUGUGAGAUGAAUGCAGAAAACCUCUCUCUCUCUCUCUCUCUUCUUUGAUGAAUCGUUUUUGGUGCAAUCCAAUGCCAUUCAAGGGAUUCGUGUACAGUAAAUGAGGAUGGCGGAGUCUGCGUUGCCAUUGUUGGUUUGGUUUGGAGAUCACUCCUGCCGAGCUCUGACUGUUCCUCAACUGCUACCAGAAUUUUGCGGGUUUUUCUUCUUCUUUUUUUUAUCGCAACGAUAUCCUUUGAUCUCCCGGCCAUGGAAUAUUCAAAAAUCCUUGAAAAUACUUAUUAGAUGAUUUGGGAAAAUGGAAAAAUACUGUCAGAGGCGCCUGAUAUUAGAAUUAUGAUCUUAAAAAGGCUAUUGGUUUAACACCACAUGUAUCAUGACAGGUGGUGCAAUCUCUCGUAUUGCCCUCAAAUGUUUGUUUUUUUUUUUUCAAUCGAGCCGUUUAAUAUGACCAAAAAAAUCUUUUGAUUCUCAUCACUAGAGAAAGGUCUUUUAACCUUGCUUUCCUAAAUUCUUAAAACUUUCUGUAACAACAUGAGCACCAAAACGAGAAGGGAGAAGGCUUCAAUCCUUAAAUCUGAUCGAAUACAGAGCGGAUACUAAUAUACCCACAUCUAUAUUUUAUUUGACGAAUACGGAUAUUAGUAGAGUAUAAAAAUUUAUAUCUAUAUUUGUUUUAACUAAAUACGAAUACAAAUCAGAUACCCAAAAUAUGGACAUACAUAUAAAUAUAAAUCAGAUAAUUAAAUAUUAUUUCCAUAUAAUCAAACAUAUUACUAAAUAAAUAAUAAAUCAAGUUAUUAGCAUAUUAAUCAUUUAUUUUUCUUAAAAAUUUAUGGUACUAUAUAAUAUUAAAUAAAAUUACAAAUCAAAUAUUCAGAUACGAAUCACAUAGAUGUUACUUCAUAUAUAUAUAUAUAUAUCAAUUUUUUUUUACGAAUAUAGACACAUAUACGGAUAUUAGUCGGAUGUUUAAAUUGCUAUCUAUAUUCAGAUAAAUUUGGAUACAAAUACAGAUUCAAACAAAUAUUAUUCGAUCCACUUUCAUCCCUAGAAGAGAGGGCUCAUAAGAAAAAGUUUUAUGCAAUUUGUUUGAAUUUAAAUGAUACGUCAGUUUUUGCUAUUGUAUAA